AUGAAGGAGCAGGCUUGUCAAGUUUUCACAUUGGGAGAUGAUCACACGUGGAGAAACAUCCAAGGCAUUGGAUUUCACCUUCACUUUUCACCUCCGAUUUGUAUCAACGGGGUUACCUAUUACCGAGCAAAUAAAGAAAACCGUGGUAGUAACUAUUUCUUGGUGAGUUUUGAUGUUAGCUCCGAGAAAUUGUCUCGCCUCGAGGCUCUGAAAACACUGAUAGAUCAUUGGUGUACUCUGAUAAAGUACCAAGGGAAGUUAGGUUUCAUUUGUUGCCAAAAAGGCGUGGAGAUUUGGGUUAUGGAGGAUAGUGGUAAGAAGCAAGAAUGGUCCAAGAUUAUCUUUUACGAUAUGGAGGGAUUUGAAAAGUGGCACAUUGGGGGUGUAACUCAUGGUGGUGAGCAGGGGCGGAGGCACAUUACUAAAAGGUGGGGCAGUUGCCCCGGAUGA